AAAAUGAGAAACAGGCGGAGAUGCAAAUUGGGCUUCCGACGGAUGUAAAGCAUGUUGCCCAUAUUGGUUGGGACGGUCCUUCAAUCAAUUCUCCAAGCUGGAUGAAUGAAUUUAAAACGCCACCAUCGUUUUCUUCAUCUGCCCCUUUGUGUCUUCCUGCCCCUGGAGAUCAUGUGAAGGUGAAGGUGAAAGAGAAGGAGGUUUCUGUGAAAUCACGCCAAUCCUCAAGUUCAACUGGAAAUGCCGCUGCUCCAGUGGACUCCCUGCAGUCUCCGUCUCCAACCACCAAGCCAAGACGCUGUUCCGAUCAAAAACACCGCACCCGACGAGGCGAGCCCACCGUGCCAGACAUUCCUAGACACGGCCGACGGAAGAAAGCAUCAACCAGAACCAAGGCCCAAGCCGAAGUUGCAGAAACAUACAAGUCACCAUUUUCAGAUCCUGGCUCCACCUCCACCUCUGGGACCGGAUCCGGAUCCAUAUAUGUAUCCAACCACACUGCCACUGGUUUUUGUCAGACGCCUUAA